CCCCGCGGGCGGGGCUCCGUGGCGGCGCAGGAGUGUGGGGCGGGGGACAGCCGGCUGGGACUGCGCCCCGUGGAGCCGCACCCCCAUGCCCACCCGCUGGGUUUAGCCGGUGUUCGCGCUGUGAAGUGCUCUUUUCUGCCGAUAUUUCAGAGGAAAUAUCAAGCCUCGGGAAUGGUCAUUCCGAAAUAGUUCCGCGCGUGUAUCUUCCAAAAUUGGCGUUUUGGGGCCGCGAGUGGGGCCGGCAGGACGGUCCGCGCGUGUGGAGCGCCCGGAGCGCCGCGCGACGCCCAGUCCUGGGCGCCUCGCCGCGUGCGUCUCUGCGGCCGGUUCGCCGCGUCGGACGCAGCUACGGACCAUUCGCUGCGGGCAGCUGCGUGCGGGCUGAGAACCGGCCUCCGGCCCCGUCUCGUCCCGUCCACGGCCUCGUCGCGGGGAAGACCGGCCCGGCCCCCGGUAGAGGACGCCGCCUCCGGACCUGCCCGUUUCCUCGUGAUGGUCAGUGGUUCCUCCACUGGGCACAACCGCCGCACGGUGGUUUACGGUUUUCGUAUCUCUCUUGUUGCUAAUACGCGGAAGCUAGCAAGAAAAAUGCUCUUCCAGGAUUUUCCUUCUUGAUUUUAGUUAAGUAACAGGAAAUUCUGUUACAAAUUCUGCAGUUGUGUCACCUUUAUCACGUGUUCGCUGGCUGACACCCAGCAGGCCCUGAGCAGCUGUGAAGUGAAUUCUUUUGCGGGUGACGGGUAAUGCACAGAAACUGGAUAUCGGACUGGGGAUGAGCUCUCCGGCUUCCCUCAAGAGUGUACGUGUACCUACCUACUACCUACCGACACGUUCCCAACCCGCCUCCAGCAGGAUGACUUCUGUUUCACCAAGCUGUAAAUCUUCCCUGCCCCUCCGUGAGCUACAAUCUCCCGUGCACACCCAGCUCAUAGCACAGCUCCAGAAACAUCUGUGCGAAGACGAAGCACUUUUUUACAAAGAUGAAGCUGUUUUGCUUUUGUGUGUCUUCUAAAGAAGAACACAUCAGGAAAUCUUAAAUGAGGUUCCUCUUGACCCCUGGCUGGAGUGAACCUUCUGAAUUCACCCUAGAAUGGCUUCAGCAGAGGAGCAGGAGGGACUGAAGAUUGUGAAGGUGGAGGAAGACGUGAUCUGGGACCAGGAAACCUGCCUCCGAGAGAACAGCUUUUCUACCCAGGAGGCCUCCCGCCAGCUUUUCAGGCACUUUUGUUACCAGGAGACCCCGGGGCCCCGCGAGGCGCUGAGCCGGCUGCGGGAGCUCUGCCGACGCUGGCUGCGGCCCGAGACGCACAGCAAGGAGCAGAUCGUGGAGCUGCUGGUGCUGGAGCAGUUCCUGACCAUCCUGCCCGCGGAGCUGCAGGCCCGGGUGCAGGAGCAGCAGCCGGAGAGCGGGGACGAGGUGGUGGCUGUGGUUGAAGAUCUGGAAAGGGAGCUUAGUGAGCCCGAGAACCAGGCCCUGGCUCACGAACACGGCCCUUCUGAGACGCUCUCAGAGGAUGUGCCGCAUUUGAAGGCCAAGCAGGACUCGGUAGCCAUCCAGCUUCAGUCCAUGGUGACACAGCUCCAGGGUGAAUCUUUGGGUCCCCACAGACUCGGAGAACGAGGUUGUGAACCUGUACCUGAACGCCGGGAGCUGGCAUCGAAGCAGGAAGUCUUGAAGGAAGUGGAGCACUUUGGAAACCGCAGACUCCCCGGAGAUGUCCCCGUAGAUUUUAAGUACAGAGAACCUUGUGCACCGCAGAGCAGAGCGGCAAAGCAGAGGGGACAGGCGGCCGGAGAGAGACGGCACAGGUGCAGUGAGUGUGGGAAGGGCUUUACUCAGAGCUCAGUCCUCGUCCAGCACCGGAGAACCCACACGGGGGAGAAGCCCUACGAGUGCGAAGAAUGCGGGAAGACCUUCAGCCAGCGGUCGGGCCUGAUCGAGCACCAGCGGAGCCACACCGGGGAGAAACCCUACAAGUGUAAGGAGUGCGGCAAAGCCUUCCGCGCCAGCAACGGCCUCGUCAGACACCGGAGGAUCCACACCGGGGAGAAGCCGUACACGUGCGAGGCGUGCGGGAAGGCCUUCCGCCUGAGCUCGUACCUCGCGCAGCACCAGAGGAUCCACACGGGGGAGAAGCGCUACCGCUGCCCCGAGUGCGGGAAGGCCUUCAGCCAGAACGCGGGGCUCUUCCAGCACCUGCGCGUGCACACGGGGGAGAGGCCCUACCCGUGCGACCAGUGCGGCAAGCGCUUCGGCCGGAGGACGCUGCUCGUCAAGCACCAGAGGAGCCACAGCGGCGAGCGGCCAUUCGCCUGCGGGCAGUGCGGGAAGGCCUUCGGCCACCACUGCAACCUCGUUCGGCAUUUCAGAACCCACGCCGUCGCCAAGCUGGCCUCAUUCCGCGCACCCCCAGACCCUUGAGUGGGGCCGUCUAGGAAAGGAAGAUUUUCGGGCGGCGUAUUUUGUUUUUACCAACUUUAUUCUGCUUUGGAACGAGGAGCUCGUCUGCAGCCUGGGCUGCGUCUCCGCGGCGGCUGUGGGUGUGGCGGUUGCCCGGCAGCCUCGUCCUCCCCGUCCCUCGCUUCAUUUCUGAGGAUUUCCCUAAAAAGGGACCAAAAAUUACCUGGAAAUAGAUUGGUAUGGAGGGGCUGGUCUUGAGUGAUACUGAACAGCGCACGGCUCUGCGGCACUGGUAUCUGUAGGGACUCUUCAAAGGCCGGCGAUCUCGUUCAAAUGUUGCCUGGUGAACUGGGGAGACUGGGGGCUCUGGGGUCUCAACUCAGCACACCCCAAAGAUGUCAGCAGAGGCUCUUGGUCUCCUUGUGAGGAAGAAUUCAAGGACAGACCCGCAGCACAGCAGAUGAGUGUGACACAGACUGGAAAGUUUACUAAAGUCGAGUCCACUCGAGACGUGCGAGCAGGCCGGCUUGAGAGAAAGAGCUGCCUUCCUGGGUUGGAGUUUUACCUUUUAGUUCUUAAGGGAGGGGGAUACUCAUUAUUGGAGGUGGGGAUUUCUUGCUAGCAGGAUUUUGUGCCUUUUUCUUAUUUGACCAGGGGUUUCCAGUCAUGGUGCCAUCGUGGGCAUGUCUGGUGGGAUCCGGCUUCUUGCAGAUACUGCCUGGACGGGCCUCUGACUCCCCACAGCUGGCCAUGGCCUCCUCCUUGGGAUGAGCUGAGUUGAGACCCCAAGGCCUCUGGUCUCCCCGCUGGCCUCCGGGCAUCUGUUUAGAGCCUCAUUAACUGCCUGCUCUACCAGUUGCAGUAAUAUUUGUGAAGAAAACAUUAAAGACUCAAUUUCCAAAUAUCCCCUUUAUUAAAAUUAGUCAUAACACUAUAA